AUGAGUGGCACAGGACUCGGAUGGCCCGCUUUAGUGCCACCAUACCGCAACCGCCUUGAAGAGUGGUUUAGCACGCCUGAGAAAUUGCAUGCCUCAUUCGACACGAGGGAAGAGCUUGUAUCAUUGCUUAGGGCUUGCGAUAACACGCUUCUUGAAAGUAGCCUGCAGUUGAUUGCGGAUGCACUUCUUGAAUGGCAUGCAGACAAUGCUCGCACAGUUGCGAGUGGGCGCAGGGAAUCAAGGAGGCGCUUGACAGAGUGCUUGCCCAGUGUCCCGGGAACUGGCCUUAGCUUGCAUGAGCAUUACAAUCAGAUUGCACUUCAGAGUCCACUUGCGUUGCUUCCGGUUCUUCGCAAGCGGAAGUUAGCUACUGAUAGGGUCGUAGAUCGCGGUGCCAGGGCCACUGAGGAGAUACGGCUUCGGCAGGAGUAUGCAUUGCGUCUUGCAGCCAUCAUGCAGGAGGCGCAACUGCCGGUGUGCAAGGUGCUUGCAGGGGUCAGCAAUGCCGAGGAAGCCUGGCCACGGCUGUUCGGGACCCGUCGAUCCAAGACAUUGAGAAAUCGCUUUAGAGCUUGGGACAAGUUUCGGGAAUGGUUGCUUUAUAGCCGUGGCAGGAGCUAUCCGGAAGGGGUAGCUGAUGUGCUAGAUUAUGCCAAUGAACGAUUCCAGGAAGGAUGUGGAAAGACAGUUCUCGAAAGCCUGCAAGCCUCUCUCAGUGUAAUUGAAGGUGUAGGGCGCGUGCCGUCUACGCAGCAGAUAUCUCAGGAUCCCACAUGGCAGGCGCAGCUCAAAAGUUACACAGCCGAUUUGGUUUCGGCGGCACCGCCGGAGCAGCCAGCCAGCAUGCUCACUGUUGCUAUCGUUCUUGCAUGUGAGAUCUUCGUUUGCACGCCCGGGGAGCCUAGUUACUUGAGAGCAUUGGGCUUUGUCUGCUUAUUGAUGGUUUGGGGAUCGCUUCGGGCUGAUGAUGUUCAGGGGCUCUUGCCGCAGACCAUGCUUCUGGACGAGCGAGGGCUUAGCAUUGAUCUCGCGCGGUCCAAGACUACAGGGCCCGACAAAAGGACCCACACCGUCAAGGUCUUCGUGGAACGGAGUAUCUCUCUGACAGGGCAUGAUUGGCUGAAGGUCGGAUAUGCACUUUGGAAGGAUUUCGAUUUUGAGAGGGAUUAUCUGGUUUUGAAGGCCAAUGAAGGUUUCACGGAACCCCUGGAGAAGUCGGUGCCUUCCUCCACGGUGGCCCUUUACUUCCGCAAAGUUCUCAGUGAGUUGAAAACGCCCAAGCGUGAGGGGCGCACAUGGAAGGCCAAUGAUCAGCGUCCGCUGCUCCCGGGAUACACUUCCAGUCAUUUUACGGGACAUUCUGCGAGGAACUUCCUUAGCUCGGUCGGAGCGGCCAUCGAUGUCGACCCCAGGGAGCUUGAUUAUCUGGGUCGCUGGAAGGUAGGUGGCGAAGGUUCUGCAACCUACAUUCGCACUUCUAGGCAGGUUGUGCAUCGUCUCCAGAGUCACAUUGCUUGUUCCCUUGUCACCGGACAGCCAAAGCACUACAUCGAGGUGGAUUCCAUCAAGGCUUUGACGGACUAUGCAGCUAAGGCGGGGGAGAGCGAGUCUCAGGUUCGUCGCCGUCACACCCUCCUCGAGGGAUCCAAAGGCUUGGGCGGGUCGUGGCCAACUCUGGCAUUGGAAGUGGGUGUUGCGGCACCACCUUCUCCAGUCGAGCAGGUUUCGAUGCCAGGCAGCCGGGGGGAUUACUUCAUCGUUACCUCUCGCACCACAGGCCUGAGGCGUCUGCACAUGUUGGGCUGCUAUGUCAAGCCUGAGAAUUGUUAUGAUGUGAAAUUUGUCAGUCAUGUCGGCGCGGAGGACGUCGAUAACAUUUGCAAAGAUUGCAAAGCAAGAAUGAAGGCUCAGGCCGGAGAGGAGGAAUCAGACCCCUCCAGCAGUGACAGUGGGAGCGAGUCGAUGCGAUUCCAGGCAAUCGCCGAUUCCCGGCCGGAAGCUCGGGCUGCUGGGAAGGCGGACUUUGGUCUUGAUGAUGGGGCUGCUGAUGGGCGACAACAAAUCGCGGGGGUCGUCGCUGCAUGGGAACUUGCACGCGACGUAAUCAGCAAAGAGACGGAAACACGAGCAGAGGCGAAAGUGUUAGGCCAGCCGCGAAUCUUGCAAGUCACAGAGAGGCAAGCAAUGCUCAAGGCGGUAGCGGCCGUUCACGGGCAGCUGGGAGAGUCGGAGACUCCAUCGUCUGAGUACCUCGCUCUCAAGUGCGAGGAGUGCGAAGCCAAUGAGCCUCAGGCUUCAACCUUGGAUGCCAUAACUUCGAAGAAGAACACGCUCACCACGAGCAUCCAGUCCAGCCUUGAUCUUAAGCUGUCUGACUUCGACCACUUCGUGAACUACAUCCUUGGCGAAAAGGAGACCUACUUCACGACGCCGCUCGCCUUGUCCAUCAUUGAGCGACCACGCAAGUGGCACAAAGGCAAGGGCAAGGAUCACAUCGCCUACCAGCCUCAGCUGUACAGUCCGAGCGGGCUUCGUGUGCUCUACAUUUUCGCGGGGCCCCAUCGCAAAGGUGAUGUGGGCUCUUACCUUCAGUCAUUGGGCAAUGUCACUAAUCUUCUUCAGUUCGAUCUUCAGCGCUCCACGGAGCAUGACUUGACUAAGGAAGGCUUGUGGCAGCACAUCUUUCAAUUGCUUGGCGAAGGGGAUUGGAGCCUCAUUGUGGAGCAGGCUAAUUAUUUUCUUGAUCAGACCGUGACGGCAUGUCAACUUGCAUGGCAGUAUGUCCUGGAGCACCCGGAGGAUCUCGGCGCAACGCCGGAUCACGAGUUACCGGCUUCCAUCUGGCAGCUACCAGCUCUGCGUGAGCUCCAGGUUUCCACUCAGGCCAUCACUUUUGCUUUCUUUCAAUGCAGCUUUGAGGCUCCCACUUCCAAACCCACACGCCUUCUCACUAAUCUACGGGCCUUUGUCGAGCAGCCUCCGCCUUUUGCUUCAUGGCCACGCUUCGACUCCAGUGAUCGCUACGUGGGGCCGUUGCCGCCACGCUGCCCGCACGGGAAACAUGACAAAGUACUUGCAGGCCGAGAAGGCUCCCGCUGGGCGACCGAGUCAUCAGCAGCCUAUCCUCCUCUGUUGUGUGAGUGGCUUGCGCAUGCUGUGCUUGCUUCCGCUUCGCAGGGGGGACUUGGGUCAGCGCCGCACAGCUCCGUUCCAGGAGUUCGCACGCAUCGUUUCUUCAUCGAGAGCCCCGACUCGGGCUUGUACCGGAAGGGUGGAGGCCUGAUCGGGCUCAGGUCCGCGUGCAAAGGCUUCCCGGCUUCCACAGAAGCUUUGGCAUCCUUCGUGCGUAGCAACAUGCCCGGGCACCCCUUUACCACGAUUAGCCUUUACCUUAACACUGGCACCAAGCCCCACAAAGACUCCAGGAACGCACCUUUGCCCAAUGGGAUAAUAGGGGUUACUGACUUCGUAGGAGGAGAGAUCUGGGUCGAGGCCCAGGAUGGGGAGUCUGUUCAGAUUGUUGACGGUAAGCGCUUAAGUGGUCACCUUCUUCCGAUCAGUGAGACACCCACCUACAUACAUGCCUACCGCGAUCUUCACCUCACAAUGCCCUGGAAAGGUAAGAGAUUAGUCAUCAUAGCUUUCAGUGUAUCGGAGCAUACUCAGGCAUGCGAUGAGGAUCUCGCGUUUCUUCGCGGGCAUGGUUUCGUCCUUCCGGGCGAAGAGCACAGUGUUGAUCUUGAGGCGGUCCAGUCAGAUGAUUCGGAGGUGCUGGAGGGGGGUGAGGUCGAAAGGCCGGAGCCCUUCAAGCAUCAGGAGUGCCACAACAUCGGGCUGCCUUUGAACCUCGAGUGGGAUGGCAAAACUCAGCCGAUCACGGAUGGCUUUGGACUCUGCUCACCCACUAGAUGGCCUCCGGAAGCCAGGGGGGGCCUGCUGCCCAAGCAGGCUUUGGAGUUCGCCACUGCCAUGCAUCAAGUGCUUCGAGACUUUGUAGCGGACGUUGUGCCUGAUAUCAAGCGCACGGCGAUGGAGCUUGCGCUAGGCCGCCUUAAGGAAUCGCCUUUCACUCCCGAGAUGUUAGGGGUCCUUAGGAAGGAUUGGUUUAGUUGCAUAGAGGUUGCUUCGGGAGGCAAGUGUACGGAUCUUGAUGUGGUGCCGAGUGGCCAGCCAUUCUUCUUGCAUGCUGUGUCUGCGACGGCUCGGCUGUUGCAGGACCCAGAUUGGAAAGCCGUUUCUUGCCAGGAGGACUCCUAUGUCAGCGGGGUCGCGAUCGGUUAUGACUGCCCCGUCGCCGCAGCAAGAUCGGUCAAAAGAGAAGGCGUGGCCUUCCGCACUGAUGCAAAGUGCGCGGACGGGUACGUGGUCCUUGGGGGUUGGGAUUGCGCAGGCACAACUCAGGAGUCCAGAUGGUUCUCACUUCGACUUACUCCCUCAGAGGCCCCUUACCUCUUCGACUCAGAAGGUCACAGUCAGUGGGCUUCGGCAUCGGCUGAAUUGCUGGCCACGCUGGCUGCCCUGCACAUCUUCGGUCACCUUGAAGCCGGGCCAACUAGGCGUUUGAUGAAGGUUGAGGUUCUAGCUCAGACGGAUAAUAAGUCUAACGAGGGCUUGACUCGCAAGGGUUCUACAACGCGCUGGCCCUUGCUCAUGGUUAACAUGCAGCUCACCCAUGUUCUCAUGAAGGCCGGCUUGCGGUUGAACUUGGGAUGGCGUCCACGGGACGAAAAUCAGGAGGCCGAUGAUUUAACCAACGAAAUCUUCGACCGUUUCUCUGAGGAGUUGCGGGUCCCAGUGCAGUACUCCGAAUUGCCGCUUUCCUUUCUUCACACUCUUUACGAAGCCAGGCGUGCACAGCUGAGCAGCCGUGAAGUGGAUUCCAUCCGCGACACGGCCAGGGAAACCCCAGCAGAGGGGAGAGCCGAGCAGCUGCAUCUUGGGGAAGACGGCAAGAUCUACAACUCCCGGGGCGAGGUGGUGGAGCUGGAGAGCAUGGGGAGCAUCGAGAUAGAGUGUUGCGUUUGCAUUGCAGUUGAGCUUGGUGAGCAUGCAUGUGCUGGUGGCUUGGAUGAGCAUGAGUUGCAGCAUGGUGAGUUGCUUGAGCAUGUUGGCCAGGAAAGCUGCGGUAAGCUAGAGCGAGAACAUGUUCUUAGAUCGCAUGUGCCGUACAAUGAUCGGCCCCGGGACUCAGGGAUGAGAGAGGUGCAAAUAGAUAAGUUUUUCUAUAAGGGCCUCGCAUUCCUGGUGUUGGUUUUGGUUGGUGCUUUUGCCCUCGGUGUGGUUCCGUACCGUGAGGUGAGCGGAUCCCGAGGCCCAGCAGCCAAGGAAGCCAUGUUGAAUGACAUGUCGGCAUGGAGUCGUAGCGUUGGCUUGGUUGGUGUUGCUCCCAGUGAGUUGACGGUGAGUGUGAAGUCGGACAUUGAGGGUGUUGUGAAGAACCUUGCACAGAGUUUUGCUGAUGGUUUGACCGCCGGUGCCAUCGAGGUUGUGGAUGCCCCUGUUGGUCGGCAUGCUGUUGUUGCAGAGCGUGCGGUGAGGACCAUCAAGGAAGGUGCAAACACACUUUGUGCUGGGUUGGAACAGGUCGGCUUGGAGCCCUGCGGGAAGGGUGUUACGUAUCUUUUGAUGCACGUUGCCCAGGUCUAUAACCGGUACCAGGUGCAUCCUGGAUCGGCGCUGUCCCCAGAACAGCGUUGCUUGAAGACCACCCGAGGACCGCAUGCCGCUUAUGUUUGGGGUGCCGCUGUGCUUGCCACUCCUCCUCCCUCUUUGCGUGACAAGAUCACCGGCCGUUACGGCCACGCCGCCUACCUUGGACCAGAAGUCGGAAGUGGAAGCCACAUUGUGCAGUUUAGGCUGCGGGAUGGCACCUUGAAGAUUGCGAGAAGUGCAAGAAUCCGGAUGUUGGUUCCUCUUACCUUUGAGGUGUCGAGCUUGAAAGGUGUUUGUCGCAUGUUGCCAGGAAGGAGAGAUGAUGCCCAGAAGAAGCUCCCCGAGAGCACUGGCGAAAAUGUGCACGACCUCCCUUUACCGAACACCGCGACCCGAGGACCACCACCAAAUUGGAUUGAAGAAAACGGAAGAACCCCAAGGUGUCGAGCUUGCCGGCUGCGCGGUUUUCCAGCGGAUAAGGCAUGGCACACCCAGAGAUGCCGUGAUCGAUACGCUGAGUUUGUGCGGAACUCCUUCGAUCCCAGCCGGGCGAUCCUCGGUCAAGCCCCAAUUGAAGAAGAGCCGACUGGGCUUGAUGAUUUGGGUGCUGGAUUUGAUGUUGAUCUUGGGCUUGAUGUGCCGGAUGAUCUUGAUCCUUUCUCGAAUUUUCCAUUGGACGAGGAUUUGGCUGAGUAUGAGCCCAGCCUGCCUGGAGUUGAGAAUGACAUAGAAGUUGGAGAAGAACUCGAGCAGAUCGAGGCCCCGAGCCCGGGCGAGCUUGAUUUCAUGCAAGUGGAGCCGGAACCUCUUGAAGCACUCCCAGAAGAAGAGCGGGAGGCUAUGGUGUCUAGCGUGAUGUAUCGCGAGUCCAUCUCCUUUGCUGGUGCGUCGGUUUGCUUUGCAGGGGCCGCCACCACCAAGGUUGUUACUCCUCAGGUUGUUGAGCUUGGGGGGGAGAAGCUGCUUGUUGAAGUGUCAGCUUCUGCAAAGGAUGAUUUGGCCGUAGUUUUCGCUGCAUGGUUUUCCGAUUGGCUCUUUGCUGCGCUCUUUUCUUGGCAAUUUCCUGCGAGAUUUGCUUUUGCUUUUCUGGAGAAUGCCGCCUGGAAGGCGUAUUCGGGUCCGAGCAAAACGGAGGCGUCGGAGAGAGAGGAGACGAACGAGCAGCUCGAGCAGCUCACACACCAUUCGAAGCUCGUCGAUCGAUUUUCCUCGGCGAUAUUUUCUUAG